UAGAAUUCUUCGUGGGGCUCACGUCAACUGAAAACCCCAGUUUUUCAGCUCGUGCCCUUGUUUCGAUCCAUCUCAGAGAAUCUAUCUUCGAUUUUAGGGUUUCUGAUUCUGUCCCGGAUUUCGCGGAAGCUAUCGUUCGUACUGUGAUUAUGGACCUGAGAACCUAUGAAUCUUGUGCUUUAAGAAGUUUGGUCCAAUCUGUUGAAUAGUUGACGAAGAAAAAGUUUGCAGUUCAUUAUAUAUAUAUUAGGCAAGAAGGCCUUGCAAUCUUGUUCCCUUUGACCCUCUCCGGCAAUUUUAGGUACCCUCACGUUGUAGGGAAAAAGAUUUUGUUUCAGUUUCCUCCGAAAAGGAGCCCGUGCUUAACACCAUGCCAUGGGGGACUUCAUCCUCGCUGGCAAACAAUGGUUCUGAUGCGUCGUGCUUCAUUCCCCCAUUUACUCAGCUCUCCAGUGGCAUGGCUUCUAUGUCUGGUUUUCCACACAGGACAGAACCUGGAAGUUCAUCAUUCGUGUCUAGAGUCCUAAAUGAUUUGUCUUUUCCUCAACCAUCGUCAGGGGAGGGAAUAUGUUUAACACCCAAUGAUUACUCUCCUUCAGCGACAGAACCUCACUCUUACUUGAAUUAUCCUGUCGAACAGGAGGGCAUGCCCUGGUCCAUGGAUCCCCUUCAGGGUUGUUUUGUUAUUUCUGAACAUGCUGUAGAGAACGUUCAAGUAGAAGAUGGCACAGAGCUCAUCAAAUCAGGGCAUAAUUUCCAUGCACGUGAUUGUCAAGAUCUGCCCGAGCAAUUGAUAUGUGUCGAUGAUGCCCUGGAUCAGAGCUGGGAUCAGCUUCUUGCUGACAUUAACGCCCAAAAUCCAGGGCCAAAGAUACCAAAUGAAAUUCCCAACUUCAUGGGGCAACUACAGGAGGUUCACGAAAGUCCAGUUGUUCCAUCUGAAGAACAAGCUCUUACCGUAAACCCACCUUCCAGUACGAGCACAGCCGCAAAUCCGUCAUGCCCUGCAGCAUCGACCAAGUCAAGAAUGCGUUGGACGCAAGAGCUUCAUGAGAAAUUUGUAGAAGCUGUCAAUGAACUUGGCGGUUGUGAAAGAGCCACACCUAAAGGUGUGCUAAGGCUGAUGAACAUUCCCGGUUUGACUAUCUACAAUGUGAAAAGCCAUUUGCAGAAAUAUCGAACAGCCAGAUACAUACCUGACUCAUCAGAAGGGUCUUCUCAGAAGAAAUCGAGUUCUGUUGAUGAACUUAGAUCUGUAGACCUGGAAAAGACCAUGGGGCUCACCGAAGCUUUGCGGUUGCAGAUGGAACUCCAGAAACAUCUUCAUGAACAGUUGGAGAACCAGCGGAAACUACAGCUGCAAAUCGAAGAACAGGGAAAAUGUCUUCAGAUGAUGAUUGAGAAGCAGAGGGAGAUGCAGGAAGAGGUUUCGGAACAGAACAACAGCGCCAAUGCAAACAAAAACUCGAGCAAGAAGCGCAGGAAGGACGAGGGCGGGGACAAAUCUUGCAGUGAGUUCAGACACUCUUCCAAGAAACAAGCUUUAGAGUCGUAGCAGUGGUUGAAACUUUAUAGAAAACUAACAGCUUUGUUAGAAGUAGAAAAUCAACAGAGAACGAAAAGCAUAAGGAAAGCUCUCGAUAUUUGGUUUGAAUUUGAAGGAUACUAACAUUUUUUUUGGUAUAAUGUGAAUGUGUAUUUAUCAAUAAUAAGAGUUUUUGGCCA